AUGAAACAAUUAAAAGACAUAUAUUUGUUUUAUCUGUUAAAACAGCUUGCUAUUUGGUUGAAUCAAAAUUUUAUUCCUGGAUCCGAAAUCACAGUCGAUGAACAAUCUUCACUGGCUGUUGUUUUUGAAGAGUUGCGCCCAGCUAACACAUGGAUCUCGACAACAAAUGAUAAAUUACAUGCAACUUUGAAUAAUUUUAUUGCCCAACAAGAAAAUUCAAAACGUUUACUGUACAUAACUAUGACAAAUAAAGGAGAAAUUACAAUAAAAACUGAGAAUUUAGAAUUAGCUGCAAAUAUAGUUCAAUCAAUCAGUCGGCAUUUCAAUAUCACAGAAUUGUCAAGUACAUGUGAUUUCCCAAAAUCAUUCAACAUUCUGGAAGAGUUGAUUGAAAUGUCAAACGCUUAUUCUUCAACCCAGCAACAAGUUUUGAUGGAUAUGACAAGUAAAUCAGAUCAUAUAAAAACAUUAGUCGUCAAAGCAGAAGAUUAUCGACUAGCCGGUGAUUGGAAAUCAUUGAAAAAAACAAUUCAAUUAUUAUCGGCCGCAAAUGAUGAUAUUGUGUCGAAUUAUUAUUCCAGAAAUAUGGAUUAUGAAGCUUCGAUGAACUGUUUAAAAUACAUUAACCAGAUUAUUGAACAUGUUAGUUCAUUGAGAGUCGGAAAGAUCAAGACCAAUGUAAUAACCAUGUCCCAUGAUGCAUUGAAAGAAAACAAUAUUGGAGCAUUAAAAAAAAUUUUUCGAACCGGUUCGAAAUGACAUUUUAACUCGAAUCAAGUUUAUAUUACCAGUUUUUCUUUUUAUCAAACUCCUGUUAAUAAAUCAAUCCUUUUAUAAAUUCCAUGUAAAUAACAGUACUGUGUGUGUGUGUGCAUCUUUCGACUGACUAGCUGUUUUCUGUUUUUAUAGUCUAUAAAAAAUAAUACUUUUCGAUAUUCAACCGGAUUCUACUAGGAUUAACCUUUGUAAACCAAUUGAAGAUAACGGGAAUGAGAUGAGGUCACUCUGACGUAAUCGUUGGACUUUCGUUAUCUUCGAUUUCCUAUAUAUCUACGUCUUGAUGAUCGCUACGAGAGAACACGAGUCGUUGCCACAAUUUCUUUAUUAUUGAAAUUAUUUAAUGAUCGAAACAAAUAUCGGAUUUAAUUCAAAUAUGUAUAGUCGAU